AUGAACAGCUAUGAGAUUACGCGUCAGAUCGGAGAGGGUGCAUUUGGGAAAGUCUUCCUAGUCAGAGAAAGAGAUGGAGGCUCUGACCAACAGUGUGUCAUUAAGGAGAUCAACCUCCGGGAGAUGUCACCAAGAGAGAGGGAGACAUCCAAGAAAGAGGGGACACUGCUGUCAAAGAUGAAACAUCCAAACAUCGUUGCCUUCUUCAGGUCAUUUCAAGAAAGGAACAACCUAUAUAUUGUGAUGGAGUACUGUGAUGGAGGAGACCUGCUGAAGAAGAUCAACAUGCAGAGAGGAGUCCCCUUUACUGAGGAGCAGAUUGUUGACUGGUUUGUACAAAUCUGCCUGGGGCUGAAACACAUCCAUGACCGGAAGGUUCUCCACCGAGACAUUAAAUCACAGAAUAUAUUCCUGACCCAGGGAGGGAUGAAAGCAAAGCUGGGAGACUUUGGAAUUGCGAGAAUGUUGAAUAACACCAUGGAACUUGCCAGGACCUGUGUGGGGACACCCUUCUACUUGUCCCCAGAGAUCUGCGAGAGCAGGCCAUACAACAACAAGACGGACAUCUGGUCUCUGGGCUGCGUCCUCUAUGAACUCUGCACCCUGAGGCAUCCAUUUGAAGGCAGCAGUCUGCGGCAGCUAGUUGGUAAGAUCUGCAGGGGGCAUUACAACCCAGUGUCCAGUCGCUACUCCUAUGAUGUUCGAAUGCUUGUCAACCAGCUCUUCAAGGUCAACCCCCAAGACCGCCCCUCUAUCACCUCAGUCCUCAAACGGCCAUUCCUUGAGAAGCGCAUCUGUAAGCACCUGGACCCUCAGGUAAUGAAGGAGGAGUUUAGCCUCUCUGUGUUGCACAGGAACAAGUCAGCAGGCUCCCAGGCCCCCAUUGCAAGGCCUGCAACACUGGUUGAACUACAGAAUGCUGAUGACAUCUGUGCUUACAUGUCCCUUCUAGGCACCUGUUUUGCUGUGGAAUCGUGUGAGGUCAACCACUACCAGCACUACCAUGCCCAGCUGGAUGCUCUCCAAAGAAGGAGCAAAGAGGAUGUCACUCCUCCUCCACCUCUUCCCCCUGUUCUUUAUCCCCCUGUUGCUCAUGCAGCUCCCCAGGAGAUGGGGGCAGAGUGUUGUGAAGACAGAGGCAAUCCCCAUAUGGAGCCAUACCAACUGGUGGCUGCAGCUCGUAACGAGUACCUUCAAAGAAGACAGGAGGCCAACCAGUAUAAAAUGAGGGCAGAGAAACAGCUGGGCUUGCGCCCAUCCACAGCAGAUGCUGAGCGCUACAGGAAGCCCGGUGGUCCAGAGCAGGAAGCAGCAUGUCCUGCACACCCACACACACCUCAGGACAAGAGACAAGAGGGACAGCUGGAGUACCUACGUCAGCUAGACAACAUCAGGCAACAAUAUUACCAGGAAAUGAGAGAACUGAAGAUGAGAGCUGAGGCAGAGAUGCAGCAGCAAGACAAACAAGGAACCUAUCUUCUCGAUAAACACAGAGUCACAGCGCCAACUGGCUUUAGUGAUGCCCUCAACCAGCACAGACCCCAAUCAGCACAGGACGUUGAGGAAGUACUGAGAGAGAUCAGAGACAACAGAGGAGACAGGAUAGCAUCACGGGGAAAACUUAAGAAAGGAAUCAUGUUUGAGAUCCGAUUGGAAGAGGAGGGUAUGAAAGAAGACACUGCAAUGGAGAAAGAAGAGAGCGGAGAAGAAAACAAAAAAGAGAAGAGUGUGGGCAACAGAGGAGAUGAAGAAGAUGAAGGUGAACUUAACAGGACCCUCAGCUUCCAGGCGGGAGAGGAGUUGAGACACAGAGCUUGGUGGGUGGAUGGGGAGGCAGGAGAGGAAGCUGAUACCAAUGUGAGGAGGGACUGGAAACAAGAACCCCCUCAGACUCUGCUCAACGCCCUGGCACAGAUGGACAUCUCCUCUGUCUGUUCUACUAUGGGGACACCCAGACCAGGUGAAGGAAGUGAGGGGGAGGGAGACAAAGGGGAGGCUUCAGAGGGGAGGAGACAAUGGGGAGGUGUUCCUCCAAACACCCUCCUUAACGCCUUGGGCCACGCUGACCUCAGAUCAUCAACCCUGGCAUCUCCGGUGUCAGGCGAAGAGGAGGUUGGUAGGGGUGGACUGCUGGAGGAUGAAGAGGAGGAAGAGGACUCAGAUGUUGAGGUUGAUGAAGACCGUCUGGAACCCCGGUCCGAUGAUGACGACACGAACUUUGAGGAGUCAGAGGAUGAGUUGAGAGAAGAGGUAGAAGGCUUGAUGAGAAACUGUGUUAUUGUGGAGGAUGAUGGGCAGGCCGAAGUUGUGAAGGAAAAGGAGAAGGCAGAGACAGACAGUGGGAUGGAGAAAAAAGAGGAAGAGUAUGGACAGGAUAUUGUGGAUGCCCAAGAAAACCAGCCAGAGUUGAAGGAUUUAUGUGCAAAUGUGCAGGCCGGACCCAACAAGACCCUUCAUUCUGUUGCCCAGGAUGAAGAUGGUGAAAGCCCACCUGGGCAUCUAUGCGAGCCCCAGGCUGGGACCGAGGCCCAGAUAGAGGACAGUGAGGCUGCACCUGAGCAAAAACAGACAACUUGA